GCCCCGUCUCGUUCAUGCACCAGCUCCUCCCCCGCCUGCUGCCAACCAGCUGGAUGCGAGACGGACAUUAGAUGCACAUGAGUGACAACAAGCCCGAGAAACCCCCCGCGGAUGAACUUUAGAAACGCGAUCCUACACCACAAGCUAUGUCGCGACGCGCUCCGCUGGGCGACACGUCGGCCGACCUGCUCGACGUGUCGCACGAUCUUGACCCUGCCGCGUUGACACUGGACGACCUGACCUUUCACACCUCGCGCUCCAAACAGCCCGGCGCAGCAGUAGUAGCGGCGGCGCCGCGUCGCAGCACCCGCACCAGCAGGCCCAGCGUGGGCGGAGGCGUCGCUGGAGGCGCGCCUCGACCAUCGUGGGGCCCGCCAAGCAGCGCGCUCGGCUCGCAGGCCAAACGCGAAAAGGGCAAGAUGCGCUUCCUGCAGGGCCUCGAAGAUGACUGGGCUGGCAGCUUACGUGGGUCAUUGUCGAAAGGAGGAGAGGAGCCCGACGUGGACGUGAAUCACGAUGGCGGUGAAAGGGAUGGCACCGCGGCGGCCGGGGGAGCGGGGGCAGCUGUAGGCGAAUCACCUGUGGCAGGAGCUGGCGCUGGCCCACGCCGAGGACUCGGCGGUAUGCAAGCCGGCAGCGGACGUGGUGCCAAGCCGCGAUACUCGCUUUUCGCCAAGCCAGCCUACGCACCGCCAUCAUUCGACUCAACAGGCAAGCAGCAGUCCGCAGCGGCGGCGGUGUCAUCACCAUCAUCAUCAUUAUCUUCCGUCGCAGCAGCAGCGGCGCGUGCAGCCGCCUUGACGGAAGGUAAAGGCAAGGGUAAUAGCGACGACGUUUUCGCUGCGUCAUCCACUACCCAAAACUACGCAUCGGCGACAGGGAAGGAUGCGCUCGGGAGGAGCAAUGGGCAUGAUGCCGCUGCAGGCGAAAGCAAAGAACAGGUCGCAAGGCAGCUGGCGGAGGUUAAGGUGAUGAACGAUACAUUUGAGAGCUACGAGCGCAUGCUUCUCGGCGCGACGGACCAGAUCGACACAUUUGCCGAUCGGAUAGACGACACGAACAAGCUCUUGGACAUCUACAUCGAUCUCUUGCGCCAGUCGGAGAAGACGCAGACGCUACUGACCGACCCGGAGUGGAAAGGCGCGACAGACGAUGCCGCCGCGCACGUCGCCGCGCUGCAAGCCACUGCAGCCGAAACGGCGCGCAUCGAAGCGGAGAGCGCCGAGGCUGCACGUCAGGCUGAGGCACUGCGGCAGGCUACGCUCGUGAAAGCUGCCGCUGAGGCCGACGCGAGAAGGCGCGCGGAGGAAGGCGGCGCCGCUGCAGGCAGAACCGGCACCAGAGGCGGCGCCACCUCAAGAGGCGUCAGCCGUGGCGCUGCUCCUCGACGCGGAGCGAGCUCCUCAGCUGCAGGCGCAGGGGUCACGCGCGGAGUCGCAGCGAGUUCAAGUAUCGCACGAGGUCGACCUUCACGUGCGACAGGAGCUCCGGCGCGUGGAAGCGGUAUCGCACGCGGCCGACUCACGUCGUCUACCACCGCUGGCCGUUCGUCGCCCUCGGCAUCUUCCUCUUCGGCAGUUGCAGGACAGCGUCCAUCCUCAUCGGCGACGCAGCAUGCGCGCACCGCCUCCUCGUCCACUGGGGCCAGUGAGCGCUAUGCGGGCGUGCGCAGCUCAGGUUAUGGGCCUAGAUGAAACGGGUCGGGAAGCGGCAACGGCAUGCAAUAGACGACCGCUUCCAUGCGUGUGAGGCCAAGUGCGUACUUUGUUCAUGCUUUGCAGUGCUUGUGGUCUGAGACGCCUCCGCGACGGCACCGAUAUGUACUGUUUUUCUUGUCUCUUUAUGCGGUGCUCAUAUCCUCAGUUCCUUCCUUCGGUGUAUGAGUGGGUGUGCCUGACCACCAUAGGACUGACUUCAGUCUGGGCAAGACCUAAACAGUUGCCUAAUCAAAGAGCACAUCAUGCUGCAGUCCGCACGGCCAGCCCACCCCCUUUCUCUUAUGGUGGACUGAUCACCUCAUCUUCGCCUUUCUGACCACCAAC